AUGACCUCUCCUCUUGGGAUCAAGUGCCCUACCACUUUUACCAUCCAGGACGUCCUGGUGGAGCGUGGAUUUCACCACCUCGGCUUUAAAAACACCGAAAUGAGCGUCCCUGCCUUUAUCGACAUCACAGAAGAGGAUCAGGCCUCUGAACUCAGAGCUUACAUCAAGGCGAAAGGAGCAGACAUCUCUGAGGAGAACUCUGAAGGUGGACUACAUGUCGAUCUUGCUCAGAUUAUUGAAGCAAGUGACGUCUGCCUGAAGGAUGAUGACAAAGAUGUGGAGAGUGUCAUGAAUAGCAUUGUGUCCUUGCUGCUGAUCCUGGAGACGGAAAAACAAGAAGCUCUCAUUGAGAGUCUCUGUGAGAAACUGGUGAAGUUCCGUGAAGGAGAGAGGCCCUCUUUGAGAAUGCAGCUUCUAAGUAACCUGUUUCAUGGCAUGGAUGAGACUACUCCAGUGAGGUACACAGUCUUCUGUAGCCUCAUUAAAGUGGCUGCAACAUGUAAUGCCAUUGCAUUUAUCCCCACAGACCUCGAUCAGGUACGUAAGUGGAUUAUUGACUGGAACCUGAACACAGAGAAGAAGCACACACUUUUAAGGCUGGUUUAUGAAGCACUUGUUGACUGCAAAAAAAGUGAAGCUGCAGCUAAAGUUAUGGUUGAGCUGCUGGGAAGUUACACAGAAGACAAUGCUUCACAAGCACGUGUUGAUGCCCACAGAUGUAUUGUACGUGCACUCAAAGACCCUAAUACCUACCUGUUCGACCACCUCCUCACUCUAAAGCCUGUACGUUUCCUGGAAGGCGAACUCAUUCAUGACCUGUUAACCAUUUUUGUAAGUGCUAAACUGGUGUCAUACGUAAAGUUUUACCAGAACAACAAAGACUUCAUUGACUCUCUGGGACUGUCCCAUGAGCAAAACAUGGCCAAGAUGCGUCUGCUAACAUUCAUGGGCAUGGCAGCAGAAUUUAAAGAGAUCCCAUUUGACACCAUGCAGCUGGAUCUGCAAAUCGGAGCUGAUGACGUUGAAGCAUUUGUCAUUGAUGCUGUUCGGACUAAGAUGGUUUAUUGCAAAAUUGAUCAAACACAACGCAAAGUUGUUGUGAGCCAUAGCACACAUCGCACCUUUGGCAAACAGCAGUGGCAGCAGCUCUAUGACAGUUUGUCCUCCUGGAAGGCUAAUCUUGCUUCUGUGAAGACCAGUCUACAAGGCCUGUCACCCUCUGCCUAA